AUGGAUCGCUCUUCCAAAGACAUGGAUAUCACUUCGAUACAGAAGGAACUCGCUGUCGAGGCAGAAGUUGUGCAUGCAGAUGUGGAUGGUGCAGACGUGGUGCAUCAUAAGAGCAAGAAGGAGAAGCGCCUGGUCUUGAAGCAAGAUCUCUCAAUCGUGGUGCUGCUCGCUGGUUGUUACUGGUUCGCUUACCUGGACCGUGGCGCUCUCGGGAAUGCUCGAAUCAUGGGGUUUCAAACCGACCUUGGCUUAAGGGGCAAGCAGUUCUACAACUGCCUGAUGAUGUUCUAUGUUGGGUAUCUGGUCUUUGAACUACCCGCGGCGCUGAGCCUGCGUCUGUUCCAUCCGAAUUGGGCCUAUGGCACCGCGGUCAUUAUCUUCGGUAUCCUUGCCGCAUCAAUGACAGCCGUCAGAUCCUAUGCGCCGAUCAUGGUCAUUCGAGUCCUCCUCGGUUUCGCCGAAGCUUUCGUACAGACCGGUUUCGUCUUCCUUUCGUUAUGGUACCGACGUGAGGAAGUGACGACUCGCGCUGCCUUUUACUUUCUAGCUACGCCUGUCGCUGGGGCAACGAGCGGACUGAUUGCCUACGGCGUUCAACGCAACUUGGACGGCGACCUAGGGAAAGCCGCUUGGGAAUGGUUCUUUUUGAUCGAAGGCAUUCUCACAAUCGUUUGGGGAAUACUUGUCAUUUGCCUACUACCCAAGCUUCCAGAGACGGUAGCCAAGAGAGGUAGCAUUCUCUUCCGCGAUCCCCAAGAACAUGCGCUCAUCCUUCAACGAACGGCCGCUGCCCGGAACACACCGGAUGCGAAACCGCGCUUGUUUCAAGUGUGGUGGGCGCUCAAGGAUGCAAAAACCUGGCUGCUUGCAAUGGCUAUCGCCGCCGCGUCUUUGGAUGUCGCUGCCUUCGGGGCUUUCCUGCCAACCUUUAUUCAUCAGUUUGGCUUCUCUGCAUUGGAUACCCAGCUGUAUACCAUUAUCCCUUAUGCCUUCGCUACGGUAUCAGUGCCGGUAGUAUGUAUUUUGGCCGAUCGCAUCGACAAGCGAGCUGUACCGUUCCUGAUCUGCAUGGCUGUCUCUGUGAUCGGCUUUGUUAUUGUGCUGGCCACGACCAACAAAACUGCCCUUGUGGGUGGCUGUUGUUUCAUAGCCGCAGGGUGUUACCCUGCCAUCGUGGUCUGUGCUACUUGGCUCGUGAACAGCCAUGCCGGCUACACCAAGAGAUGCACUGCUUGGGCGGUGGCACAGGUCUUUACACAGAGCUACAGCAUCAUCGCUACUCAAAUCUACGACAACCCGCCACGCUACUUCAAAGGCCACGCCGUUCUGCUAGGCCUCAACCUGUUAGGUGCGCUCUCGGCGGCCAUCAGUUAUUUCUUCAUGAAGCGAGAGAACAAAAGGCGAGAUCAGAUUGCCCAAGACUUGAUUUCACGAGGAGAGCAGAACCCAGAUAACUCCAAGACCUUCGAAGAACUGUGUGACUAUCACCCCCAGUUCCGAUACAAAAUCUAG